AUGACAACCGCCAAAAGACCCUUGAUCACUGACUACUUCUCACAAGUUGAAACUGCUACCAAGAAGAGCAAGUCUACAGAUAAAUUGGAUACUGAUAAAACUUUAAAAGUGACAGAUGAAGCCAAACUGAUGAAGAAUCAUGCAUCGACAAAGGACACCUCAGUUCACCCCCACGAGCUUACAUCUUUUAACAAACAGGAGUGGAUAAACAGUUUAACUCCAGAACAAAAAGAUCUCUUACAAUUAGAAAUUGAUACAUUACACAUAUCAUGGUUAUCAGUGCUUUACAAAGAACUAACCAAACCAUAUUUCCUAAACUUGAAAAGAUUUCUCCACUCACAACAACAACAGGGUAAAACCAUAUUUCCCAAACCACAGGAUAUCUACUCGUGGUCCAAUUUGACUCCAUUACCUAAAGUCAAAUGUCUCAUUCUUGGCCAGGACCCCUAUCAUAACCACAACCAAGCCCAUGGUUUAGCAUUUUCAGUAUUGGAACCAACGAGACCACCACCUUCACUAGUCAAUAUCUACAAGACAUUAUCCAUUGAUUAUCCCGAUACAUUUAAAGUACCAGACUAUAAGGAAUUGUCCAAAUCGGGUAAACCAGGUGGUGGCAAUUUGACCAAAUGGGCAACAGAUGGUGGUGUAUUGAUGCUUAAUGCUGUCUUGACAGUUGAGGCACAUAAAGCCAAUAGUCACGCAAAUAGGGGAUGGGAGCAAUUUACCGAACAAGUGAUUCGAGUUGCAUUGGAGUAUCAUCAGAAGCACAAGAGUGGGUUUGUUAUAAUGGCAUGGGGAUCACCAGCUCAAAAGAGAUUGAAACCAUUUGAGAAGAUAUUAGCAGGUGGUGGUGGUGGUGACAAAAAGGAUGGUGGUGACGGUAGACAGUUUCUAGUGUUGAAGACAGUCCAUCCAUCGCCCUUAUCGGCACAUCGGGGAUUUUUCAACCUGCAGGUAUUUAAGAUAUGUAACGAAUGGUUACAAAAGCACAAUAGAGAUGUAAUAGAUUGGAGCGUAAGCUGA